GUAAAAACUGCGGGUGUUCUGUUCUGUCCAUUUGAAGCUUUGUUUAGUUUUGUCGUAAAAAAUCUGUUCCGUUAAUUUUCCACAAAUCAUGAAUUUAUGCAUUGGUCGGUAAUAAAAAAAAUUCGCCUUUAUGCCCAAAAAAGGAUAUUUUUGUUGUUGACAAAAAAAAAAAAGAUAUUUGUUACCUCCGUCAUUAUCCGACCUUUCUUCUCCGUCGUCCUUCUUUUGUCCUUCGCCGUUUUCUUUUUCCCAAAUUUGGGCAUCGAUUUUCCGGCUGUGAUCCUUCGUCUUCGUCGUCUGAUUGCGAAUUGCUUUUCUCGGAUUGGAAUUGCCGAUUUUCCCCUACCGAUUUCAGAGUGUAGCUCAUCGUGGUGGUGAUGAUCGAGUGUCUUUGGCAAGGCAGAGUGAUUCCUGAGUUCUGCAUUUCUCGGGAAAGAGAUUAACAGUGAUUCAGGGCAUCAGCUCCACAGUCUCUGUGUCAAUGGCCCAGGGACAGAACAGGAGUGUUCCUCAGCCAGGACAUAUGCAGAACUCUGUUGCAGUUCCUGCUUCCAGUGUUUCUUCUCAGCCUAAUGUCAUAACUGUUGAGGAUCACAGACUACGGCAGGAGAUGCUGCACAGAACCUACGCUUGGUUACUGCAGAGACAGCCUUCAAAGAGUGACGAUGCCUCAAAGGCAAAGCUAUUCGAGAUUGCAAAACGGUUAGAAAGUGCGAUGAUGAGAACGGCUAAGACAAAGGAGGAGUACAUGGAUUUCAGAAGUUUUGAGGUUCGCAUAGAAUCUACUCUGAAACAACUUUUAAGCCAGCGCCGUCCUAAUACUUCAAGCUCGGUCGGUAUGAUGGUUCAGACGCCUGGGGUUUCGCAGGGAUGGGGUCAAAGUUACACGGCCACGCCUAUGGUGGAUAUGAGCAACUUCAAUAGUAAUAGUAGUAACUUUGCAGAUGCAACAGUCGAAACCGGAAGGCUAUUGUCAACUAAUCGCAUGAAUGGAGGUUCAAUAAUUAAUGGUCGCCAGCAAUUUUCAGUUAGUUCUGAUGACACUGGCCAGAUGAUUCCUACUCCUGGAUUUAACAACAGUGCUAACGCUGAUGUAUAUCAGUCUCAUCGAAAUGAAGAAAGUUCAAGAGAUGGCGGCAAGCUUCUGGCGGUUGGGUCUGAAUUUGGAAACCCAUCUCAGCUGCAGAGGCAACGCCCUGCUGGUUCGAAUGACCGUAUGCACAGCAACCUUGAUCACCAGCUGGGAGGUGGGUUCAGGUCAAAUAUGCACCAGAAUGCGUCUGGGAUGAUCAAUGUUCCCCAAAAUGGUGGUGUAGCGAUGAGCGGGAACAAUGUACACUUUGGUAAUGGGCAAAGGGGUUCUGAAGGGGUCCUUGGUUCCACGCAUUUUUCAACUCCAUCCCAACCUUUGCAGCAGCCUGUCGAUCAGUUGCAGGUGUCACAUGUGCACAGAUACUCAAUGGGUAAUUCUGAUACUUUUGGGUCUGGGAAUCUCUAUGGAGGUCAAACAUCAUCUGGCUCCAUGGAGAAUGCUGUGGAUAUGAACUCAAUGAGCCUGAAUCCUAUGCGGAGAGUUGAUGCUUCAUUCGCUAGUAAUCAGUCAAGCCUGCACGCAGUGGGAAAAACUCCAUUGCUGAAACCUCAACGGCUUCAACAGUUCGAGAAUAGGAAUUUCCAAUCUUCUUCCAAUUCUAAAGAAAAUUUGGCUCAGGUGAGUCAUCAACCAUUAGAAAACCAGAUCAACCAGCCAGCUCAUCAUGGUCAAUACCAGCAACAGGAGCAAUUAAUGAACAAUGCUUAUCGUCAAUCUCAGCUAGCUUCAAAUUUUGCUAGUCAAGUUAAGCCUGAACCUCGCAUGGAAUACUACAAUGAAGCAUUUCAGCUGCAGGCUACAAAUAAGGCUGAACCAUCCAAGUCGCAGAACCAGUACAAGCAGAACGCUGUCAAAGACGAGUAUGUUGGUGCUCAGAGUGCAGCAGCUAGCCAGCUAAAUAUUUCCCCAUCUUUCCCACCACAAACUCAUCAGACGCAGCAGAUAUCACAAUGGAAAGAUUUGAGUAACCUCUCAGUUGGUGUGCAGCCAGUGUCUGGUCUGGGUCAGUGGCAUUCCUCUUCUCAGAACUUGACACAAAUAUCAAAAGAUACUAAUGGACAGAGAGAACAUUCUGGGGUAAACUUGUGUCCAAGAUUGCCUAUGAAGCAUGAAGCUACCAAUGAUACUUCUUCUGCGAGAGCGUUUACAAACUGCCAAACUGUUGCUCCUGGAAGCACCUUGGAGGCGCCACAGCUCCCAGAAGGAAGCAACACCUUGAGUAAACAGCUGAAUGGAGACCGUGGUUCAAGUUAUAUAAAUCAGAGGCGGUGGCUUUUGUUCCUGCUACAUGUACGCAAAUGCAAUGCAGCGGAAGAUAGCUGUGAAAGCAAGUAUUGUUUCACUGCCAAGACGCUAUUGAGACAUAUCAACUGCUGCGAGGCCCCUGCUUGCGCCUAUCGAUAUUGUCUUCAAACCCGAAAAUUGAUUCAUCAUAACAAGAACUGUGGGAAUGAAGAUUGCCCAGUCUGUGUUUAUGUCAAAAACUACAAGGAGAAAGAAAAAGAAAAGAUUGCCCUCCUCCGAAGGGCCGAGCCUAGCUUAGCCAGUUUAAAUCACGGACACAAAGAAUCCUUUGAGUCUGCUUCUAGCGAAAGAGACUCUGAAGCUCCAUCUAUUGUUGAUGAUCUGCAACCUUCUCCGAAACGUCUAAAAGUAGAGAAACCUUCCCAGUUUGCGUAUCGUGACACACACAGCAUCCCAGCGAAAAUAUCCGUUGGUGUCGGUAAAGGCCAUUUUUCAAUGGGUUUGCAAGAGAAAUAUAGUCGACAAAGUGAUGGUUGCAACACUGUUAGAUCGGAUGUGCGUAUGAACGCAGAUAGUUAUGACUCUUCGAGGAGAGUUGUUCCAGUUUCGCGUGAGGUGGAGAAACCGGUUAGCAAAGAUUCUCCCAUGGGAAGAGGACAUGGUGGAGACUCUUCUUCAUUGGAUGGUGAAACAGUUUGUUUACCAAAGCAAGAAAAACCAAAAUGUAUGAAAGAAAUAAGCGCACCCAAAGAAGAGAAACUGGAAGACUCUGCGAGCGUUGUAGCUGCGUCUAAUAGCGGAAAGUCAAAGAUCAAAGGAGUCUCACUGAUUGAGCUGUUCACUCCAGAGCAAGUAGAGGAGCAUAUCCGCGGUCUUCGUCAGUGGGUAGGCCAGAGUAAAACCAAGGCAGAGAAAAAUAAAGCAAUGGGACUCUCCAUGUCUGAAAACUCUUGCCAGUUAUGUGCGGUUGAGAGGCUUGCAUUUGAGCCAACGCCUAUUUAUUGCACACCCUGUGGUGCACGUGUCAAGAGAAAUGCUAUGCACUAUACCGUCAUGUCUGGUGAGUCACGGCAUUAUGUCUGCAUUCCUUGCUACAAUGAAGCGCGUACGAACACAGUUUCUGUUGAUGGAACUCCUGUCCCCAAGUCGAGGUUUGAGAAAAAGAAAAAUGAUGAAGAGGUUGAAGAAUCGUGGGUGCAAUGCGAUAAAUGUCAAGCAUGGCAGCAUCAAAUUUGUGCUUUGUUCAACGGCCGUAGGAAUCAUGGGCAAGCCGAGUACACUUGCCCUAAUUGCUAUAUACAAGAGGUGGAACAAGGAGAAAGGAAACCAGUACCACAAAGUGUAAUUUUGGGUGCGAAAAGUUUGCCAGCCAGUACUCUUAGCAACCAUUUAGAACAGCGGUUGUUCAAGAAACUGAAGCAGGAAAGACAAGAGAGAGCUAGACAUCAAGGAAAAAGCUACGAUGAGGUCCCUGGAGCCGACUCACUUGUUAUCAGAGUCGUUGCAUCUGUUGACAAAAUAUUAGAAGUAAAGCCACGUUUCCUUGACAUUUUCCGCGAAGACAAUUACUCAUCGGAAUUCCCUUAUAAGUCUAAGGCCAUUCUGUUGUUUCAGAAGAUUGAAGGCGUUGAAGUAUGCUUGUUUGGCAUGUACGUUCAGGAAUUCGGAACAGAUUCUGCGUCUCCCAAUCAGCGGCGGGUAUACCUUUCCUAUCUGGACUCCGUUAAGUACUUCAGACCUGACGUUAAAACAGUGUCUGGAGAAGCUCUCCGUACUUUUGUAUACCACGAAAUUCUGAUUGGUUAUCUUGAUUACUGUAAGAAACGUGGGUUUUCAAGCUGCUAUAUAUGGGCAUGCCCACCUCUCAAGGGCGAAGAUUACAUUCUAUACUGUCAUCCUGAAAUUCAGAAAACGCCAAAGACUGACAAACUAAGGGAAUGGUAUUUAGCAAUGCUGAGGAAAGCUUCAAAAGAAAAAGUGGUUGUUGAAUGUACAAACUUCUAUGACCAUUUCUUCGUCCAGUCUGGUGAAAGUAGAGCUAAGGUGACAGCAGCAAGGUUGCCAUAUUUCGAUGGGGACUACUGGCCAGGUGCAGCUGAGGAUCUGAUAGAUCAAAUGACCCAAGAAGAAGAUGGCAAAAAGUCAAAUAGAAAAGUUAUGUCCAAAAAGGUCAUUUCGAAAAGGGCUCUCAAAGCAGUAGGUCAGUUAGACCUUUCUGUCAAUGCCUCGAAGGAUCUCCUGCUAAUGCAUAAACUGGGUGAGAUCAUCCUCCCAAUGAAGGAAGAUUUCAUCAUGGUUCAUUUACAACAUUGUUGCAAGCACUGUUGCACUCUCAUGGUAUCUGGAAAUCGGUGGGUGUGCAACCAGUGUAAGAAUUUUCAGAUUUGUGACAAGUGUCAUGACGUGGAAGAGAACCGUUUCGAAAAGGAGAAACAUCCUGUCAAUCAGAAGGAGAAGCAUGUACUAUAUCCUAUUGCCGUUGAAGACGUUCCUACAGAAAUUAAAGACAAUGAUGACAUCCUCGAGAGCGAGUUCUUUGAUACUAGGCAAGCUUUCCUGAGUCUUUGCCAAGGAAAUCACUAUCAGUACGACACACUAAGGCGGGCAAAACACUCCUCGAUGAUGAUCCUCUAUCAUCUUCACAACCCAACCGUGCCUGCAUUUGCAACGGUAUGCGCCAUCUGCCAGCAAGAGCUUGAACCUGCUCAAGGUUGGCGUUGCGAAACUUGUCCUGACUAUGAAGUUUGCAGUGCCUGCUACUCAAAAGGCAUCAACCACCCACAUAGCCUCACUAGCCGUCCAUCUGCGACUGAUUCUGUUGUACAGAGCACACAAACUAAUCAAAUCCAGACCGCACAGUUAAGAGAAUUGCUGUUGCACGUGCCGGCAUGCUGCACUGCACAGUGCCAGUAUCCAAGGUGUCGCAUGAUUAAGCUUCUCUUCAGGCAUGGUGUUGCAUGCAGGAACUCCAGAGGUUGCGUCCAUUGUAAGAGAAUGUGGGGCCUCUUCCGACUGCACGCCCGAAACUGCAGAGAUCCCCAAUGCAGAGUACCCAAAUGCAGAGAGUUGAGAGCUCAUUUUAGUAGAAAGCAACAACAGGCAGAUUCAAGACGCAGAGCAGCAGUGAUGGAGAUGGUGCGGCAGAGAGCCGCCGAUGCAGAAACAUCCACUCCUGACUGAUCCACAGAGACAUCUUAUCUCUCUGUCUAAUUGGUGGGGGUCAAGGGUUCGUGCCUCUAGUGCCUUUUGCUCGUCAAGAAAAAAAAUUGGGAGCUCAAGAGCAAAUACGCAGAUGCCACAGCUACUAAUUUAGGUCCCACAAGGAGGUACAUAGAUAAUUUGUUUACAUGUAUUAUUCUUAAGGUAGACAUGUGUAUAUGUGAAUUGUAAUUUUGAUUCAAAUUUUGAUGUUUCUUCUUAACUCGAAUCCUAUUGAAUUGUUGGGUCUUGAUUCACUGUUUUUGUUCCCUUGGUUUUGUAAAUGUAGCAUUUUUGACAAUUCUAGCUAAUAAAUUAUCCUUGAUUUCUAUUAUAUGUGCG